AUGGCGGCAGGAAUGGACUUCUCACCAUCUUACACGAUCUUAGAUGGCGGUGGCUAUGGCAGCAAAGGAGAUGGCUCCUCCAUGGAGGAUGAGAGCGCCGAGGCUGUCGAUAUCAUGAAUCAAGCGAAAACUGGGAAACCCCCUCGUCAUCUUUCAGUAAUGCGACAUUGUGUGAGCACUGCCCGGCUGGUGUCCUCAAAUGAAUUUGUAUGCACCUCUGAUUCGACCAACUUUUCUGUUUAAAACGAAUGCGACUCUUGUUAUCCAGUUGUCAUUAAUGGCCGGGUUAAAUGUGCCUGAAAAUUUACGCGCUCCCUAGGGAUUGGAGGUCGACGGCAUCAGCCUAAAUUCUCCUUCGGAUGGAAGGGGAUGGUUUUUACCUGUUUUCCGAUCUGGAAGCUGUUCUGAGAUUGGUCCGAAGCCAUCUAUGGAGGACAAACAUACUUGUAUCGAUGAUUUGCUGCAACAUCUCGGAUCAGCAGUGAACUUUCCCUCACCAGGGGCUUUUUAUGGGGUGAGAGCAACGUAAACUUGAUCCUCCAGUGAAUUGCGUAGUUUAUUAAUUUAGUAUUGAUUAAUGCUGUUUACAGAUCAACCAUGUUAUCUGGAAUGGAUAUUAAUGUAUAAUUUAUUAUGCGAUUCGUACUGCCCUCGUCUUCCAUUUUCAAAUCAUUCCUAUUUGGCUUUGAUAGAUCUGGAUCUGCGAAGUAUGGAUAGGAAGACUUCCACGAGUUUGAAUUGACAGAGUUUACUUGUUGGUAGGUAUUUGACGGGCAUGGUGGCACAGAUGCAGCAUCAUUUGUCCAAAAGAACAUUCUCAAGUACAUAAUUGAGGACAACCAUUUUCCUACUUCGGUGGAUGAGGCCCUGAGAAGUGCUUUUGUAAAAGCUGAUCACGCAUUUGCUGACACUCGUUCAGUGGACAUCACCUCUGGCACCACAGCAUUGGCCGCCCUCAUUUCUGGAAGGUUUUGAACCUGACUUAUAUCUACCCUUCUUUUACGCGAGCUUUAUUCUGUUGGGCAGGGGGCAUAUUUUUAUCAGCCCUUAUUUGGAAAGAACUAUGGAGAUAUAUGAAAAAUGAAGAACCACCGCCGUUUUAUGCAUUAUAGGCACUUGAUCAAACUGCCGGAUUAGUAUUCAUUAAGAAGCAUGAAAGGGAAUGCGACUUGAUCGAAUAGAAAAAAAGUUGCAGAGGAAAGAAAUAAGAAGAUAUGGUUAUAAAGGGGAAAAAACUUUCUGAUCUUUGGUAGCCUUUGCGCUUUUCACCAUUUGUUAUCUCUGCACAUUACUUCUCUGUCAUCUAACUCUGGUUUUCCCAUCGCAGAACAAUGUACGUCGCCAAUGCUGGCGACUGCCGGGCCGUCCUGGGUAAGAGAGGAAGAGCCAUUGAGCUCUCGAGAGAUCACAAACCCAACUGCACCUCCGAGAGAAUCAGAAUCGAGAAGCUGGGCGGCAGGGUCCACGACGGCUAUCUCAACGAGCAGCUCUCCGUCGCCAGAGCCCUCGGCGACUGGCACAUGAAAGGCUCCAAGGGCUCCUCCUGCCCCCUGAUCGCCGAGCCGGAGCUGCAGGAGACGGUCCUCACCGAGGAAGACGAGUUCCUCAUAAUGGGCUGCGACGGCCUCUGGGACGUGAUGAGCAGCCAGUGCGCCGUCACCAUCGCAAGGAAGGAACUCAUGAUCCACAACGACCCAGAGAGGUGUUCCCGGGAGCUGGUCAGGCAGGCUCUGAAGUGUGACCCCAGCGACAACCUAACGGUGAUCGUUGUCUGUUUCUCGUUGGAUCCUCCUCCUCGGAUCGAAAUCCCCAAGUUGAGAGUUCGCCGGAGCAUUUCGGCCGAGGGAUUGAAUUUCCUCAAGGGGCUCCUGGACGGCAACAGCUGA